CCCAGCGGUGGCCGGGCUAUCCUGUCUCGUGGGCUGAGGGCGGGGCGGCUUUCAGCACACUGCUGCUGCUCUCUCAGCCCCCCCACCCGACCCCCGCUCCCGUGGCCGCCCGCGUCAUGCCAGGCGGUGCUCCAAGCUAGUGCCGCCGGGUCUGUUGCCCGCCUGCCUGAAGCCGCGCCCACUGCCCAGAGCCAGAGGGAUGGUGGUAGUCACGGGGCGGGAGCCAGACAGCCGUCGUCCGGACGGUGCCAUGUCCAGCUCCGACGCCGAAGACGACUUUUUGGAGCCGGCCACCCCGACGGCCACGCAGGCGGGGCACGCGCUGCCCCUGCUGCCCCAAGAGUUUCCUGAGGUUGUUCCCCUUAACAUCGGAGGAGCUCACUUCACCACACGCCUGUCCACCCUGCGGCGCUAUGAAGACACCAUGCUGGCAGCCAUGUUCAGUGGGCGUCAUUACAUCCCCACCGACGCUGAGGGCCGGUACUUCAUUGAUCGGGAUGGCACACACUUUGGAGAUGUGCUGAAUUUCCUGCGCUCGGGGGACCUGCCGCCCCGGGAACGUGUGCGGGCCGUGUACAAAGAGGCCCAAUACUACGCCAUCGGGCCCCUCUUGGAGCAGCUGGAGAACAUGCAGCCACUGAAGGGGGAGAAAGUGCGCCAAGCCUUUCUGGGGCUCAUGCCCUAUUACAAAGACCAUUUGGAGCGGAUUGUGGAGAUUGCCCGGCUGCGCGCAGUACAGCGGAAGGCCCGCUUUGCCAAGCUCAAGGUCUGUGUCUUCAAGGAGGAGAUGCCCAUCACCCCCUAUGAGUGUCCACUUCUCAACUCUCUGCGCUUUGAGCGGAGCGAGAGUGACGGGCAGCUGUUUGAGCACCACUGUGAAGUGGAUGUGUCUUUUGGGCCCUGGGAGGCUGUGGCUGAUGUUUAUGACCUGCUGCACUGCCUGGUCACAGACCUCUCAGCCCAGGGCCUCAUCGUGGACCACCAGUGCAUUGGUGUGUGUGACAAACACCUCAUCAACCACUACUACUGCAAGCGCCCCAUCUAUGAGUUCAAGAUCACAUGGUGGAGGUGGGUUCCCCGAUCCUCCCUCACUAAGGACCCAGCAUUCCAAUAGCUGCAAACCCUGCGCAUCUUUUCUCCUACCCUGGUCUUACACCACCAUGGCACCUUCAACACCUUGGUAUUGUCACAAGGAGGCACAAGCAUAGACAAUGUCUGUCCCUUGUUUCUACAACACAUCUUGAUGCUGGUACUGGCCAAGACCAACAACGCUUGUGGAUCUAAGAGUUGCAAUAUCAACAGAUUCAAGGUCUAGAGGCAACAUCUGAAAGAACCCCUUCAGGGAUGUCUGUUUACAACAGCCUGGAGCUGUCAAGGUAAAACUGGAAGCUUGGUCCACACAGUGAAGGCUGGCUAUGUGUUUCAAACAUUUUGACUUCAGAAGAUGCUUCAUUACAUAUGCCAGAGCCCAAGAAGCCAGCAGAGGAAUUCCUGCUUUGGUUGUAGCUGACAGAGAGAAGCCACUGCAAACUGCAGGCAGGACUCACCGGCAGCAGAGGCCAGCCAAAACCAAGCUUCUGAAGGUGGAUACAAAAAGUAAUUGUAUCCUCCUACAGUGGCCGAGUGGUGUGCCAGGAGAACAAACUACUUGCAUGCUCCUGAUCCACCUUAUUUUCAUCUCACAUGUGUCUUUACUUCCUCACCCAUUCAAAAUGGAAAAAUAACCUAGAGACUUCUUGGUACUUUACAUCCAAGAUAUCAAUCUAUUGUGUCUCCUUGGGUGAUCUUGCCUGAAUUGUAUUUAGAGUUAUUUGUAUUAGGAGUAAAAAAACAGCUCACUAAUUUGAACAAUUUAUG